UUCGUAAACCCUAAUCAGUUGGUGAGGAGGCUGCUGGAGUCUGCCUCCUCUGAAUCUCAGCAUUGGGACUAAGACGCAGGUGAAGUUCUCGCAGUCUGUGCAUCAUGAAGUCGGAGAAGAAUCCGUUGGAGAUGGAGGGUUUGUGCGAGAAGAAGGUGAAAAUGGUGGUUCAUUUGCACCCUUCGCGAGCUUCCAAUGUGCGACAAGGAGUUCGCGAGAUUCUGAAUUCUCUACUCUUGAGAUUCAAUGAGCAUUUUGAAGGAUCAGUUCUGGCGCAUUCGGAUACUAAAAUUCAAGGGCGCACGGCGAUCAUUUUGGAAGGAUUGACACCAUAUUUUUGUGUGCGCUUGACGACCACGCUGCUUCUCUUCUCCCCAAAAGUUGGUAUAUUUGUAGAAGGCAAGGUGAACAAAGUGGAAGAAGAUUAUCUCGGAGUGGUAGUUCUUGGACUUUUCAAUGCUGCGAUCGGCUCUUCAGACAUUCGUAACGGGCUUGUCUAUUGUGAAGGAAUUGAUGGAACAAGGGCAUGGAUGAAUGAGAAUGAUGAACGUCACUGCAUUAAAAUCGGCAGUUCAAUUCGAUUCUCUGUGAAAAGUUUUCAGGAGAACGAAGAGAUAGUAGACCUCACUGGAGCUCUACUAGGACCCCAGACAGGGUGUGUAGAAUGGCUUGCAUUACAGUCCGAGGAAAAACACGAAGCUGAAAGUACUCAAAUGCUUUUAGAGAAUGGAGUUAAAAAGUCAAAACACAAAGAGAGCAGAAGUGCCGAGGUCGAUGCAGAGGUGUCUGAAGGCAUUAGUGAGCACACACCCAAGAAGAAAAAGAAGAGGAAAGAAAAGACUGUGACUGGUGACCACAGCAGCGUCAAAAAACGACGAAAGAGUUUGGACGUUUCCGCUCUCUGAAGAGCCCUGUUAGUGAAUUAGCUUUCAGAAAAUUCGAGACCCCCCUUUUUUCUUUUUUUCUUUUUUUCGAUAUUUUAGGUAGCACGAGUUGAACUCGCAUCUGGCAAUACAGUUUCCUUAUUCAUAUUAUUGCAGGACUUGGACUAUUGCCCUAACCUUUGAAUCUCACUAUUCAUUCUUCAAUUUUUUUUUUUCCUUUACACCCGACAAGCUUGUGAGUUUCAUCUCUAUAAUGCGUUAUUUGAAAACUUCGUAUAUGUUGCAGUAAAUAUUCAAUUGGUAA